GACGCGCCGACGGAGGCCGAGAGGAGAAAAAGGCGGGAGCCGCCAAUCCCCGGUGGAGCCCAUGGCGCGGUUUAGCGAGAUGCAGGAGUUCACCCGUAGCCUCUUCCGAGGACGGCCGGACCUCAGCACGCUCACACAAUCCAUCGUGCGGCGGAGGUUCCAGGCUUACGUGGGCCGUGACCACCUGGAGCCCGAGGAGAAGCGGGCGCUGAAACGGUUGGUGGAGCAGGAGCUGCUGAAGAUGCAGGCGGAUGAAGCCAGGACCAAGAAAAUGCUGGACCUGAAGAAAAAGGCGGAGAGGUCUCCCACCUCCUCCAGUGGCCGGGAGAGAAAGAGGUUCCGCGUCAAUUCAGAGUCAGGGCUCAGCUCUGCAGCCUCCAGCCCAGACCGCACCAGCUCCCCAGCAGAGAACGGACUGGCAGCAGCCGAAUUCUGCCCGUCGUUGGCUAAGGGUCCCAGGCGAACCUCAAAGCGGGUGGAGGAAGCAAGCAGGGCUGAGGAUGCCCAGCAGGGGCCCCUGACGGCAAACCAGGAGUUGGAGGAUGGGGUGGUGGACAGCAGUAAGGAGGAAGAGGAGUUUAGGGGCAGGUCUCAGAAGAAAACGGGCACAAAGAAGCCAACAGCAGCCAAGGCUUCAGCUAGGAGGGCGAGUGAGGACAGUGAGGAGGAGCUCCUUGCCCUGAGGGUGCGAAGGAAGGGGCGGGGGCAGAAAGGGGCCAAAAGUCACCGUGAAAGGGAAACAGAGAGUGCGCAUGAGGACCAGGACGCUUCAGCCAAGAAGAAAGAAGUGGAGAGUGACCACAAAAGGGAAACACAGAGUGAGGAUGAGGACCAGGAGACCCCAGCCAAGGAGGAGAGCGGAGAGGAGAAGGGGAGAGAGGAGGAAGAGGCGUGUGUAAGCAGAGCCCCAGGCAGUGGACAGAAAAGUGGUCGUCGCAGUGAGGACCAUCCAGCUGUGCAGAGGCUGAAGCGCUACAUCCGGGCCUGUGGGGCCUAUCGUAACUACAAGAAGCUGCUGGGCUCCUGCCGUUCGCACAAGGAGUGCCUGAAAGUCCUCCGGGCAGAGCUGGAGGCCCUGGGCAUGAAGGGGAACCCUUCCAUGGUGAAGUGCCGGGCCCUGAAGGAGCAGCGGGAAGAGGCUGCUGAGGUAGCUUCCUUGGAUGUCACCAACAUCAUAAACAGCUCAGGCCGGCCCCGCCGCCGCACCGCCUGGAACCCUUCAGGAGAAAGCGCCCCCUUGAAGGAGCCUUACUGCAGGACCCUGGACUCCGAGGACGAGCGGCCCCACCGCCCGCCCCCUGACUGGUCACACCUACGCGGCAUCAUCAGCAGCGAUGGCGACAGUACCUGAGCACCCCUCGCCUAGGGAGGGACCCUGGCCCCAUGGACAAAGCACAUACAGGCCAUGUUCUGUGCAUGCAACGGGGAAGCCUGCGUGCUCUGAAGACCUGCAGUCAUGCCCAGAGACACAAGUGGUCGGGACCCUACUUCCCAGCUUCACUGUCUGCUUUAGGGUUUUGUUUUUAAAGAUUCAAUAAAGCGACGUUUCAGGCAGCCACA